AUGAUGAGGCCGAGAUCAGUGCAAGACUUCACCCUGGACGGGCCCGUCCGCGGCGAGCUGCGGGAUGUCAUCGACCACUGGUCCGAGGUGCUGCAAACCGAGCGCUCCGCCCUGCUGGCGGAGCAGCGCCGCCUCGGAUUGAAAGACGCUGCGGAGCCGGAUUUCAUCCGAGCUUACUGCACCAGCGCCUUUGUGACCUUCUGGAGCCGAAGAGAUGCAGAGAUCGCUUUGAGGGUUCAGUACCGUGCGGAUGGGCUGCAGUUCUUGGUCUCGAGCGCUCCAGCUCCGGACGAUGUCAGGCAUCAGGAUCUGCAGAAGGGCGGUGCCGUCUGGGGAGAUAUGCUCAUGGGCUACCUGUGCAUUCUCUUCCUUUUCUGGGUCUUCGCGCCCUUCAUCGUGGCCUUCUCUGCCGUGGCGCAGCUGGAGACCUUGGAGACCGUGGUCCCAAGCCUUCACCACAUCGUGACCUACUGGCCGAUCUUUCGCUCCCUUUGGGACGGCCUGGCCAGUGCUUUCGCCCUCUCCCUCUUCAUGAGCUGCCUGCCCUUCUGCCUCUACGUCGUCUGCAGCCGGCUCUUCGUCACGAAGUCGGAGAGGCGCUGUCAGCUCCAGGUUCAGAGCUGGUACUUCUUCUUCCUCACCGUCUUCGUGCUGCUGGUGCCGGCGGUGGGCUCCUCCGUCUUCUACACGAUGAGCCGCCUGGUGGAUCAUCCGAAGGAGAUCUUCUCGCUCCUGGCUUCCACCUUGCCAUAUUCCACGCACUUCUACCUGAGCUACUUCCCGCUUCAGUGGACAUUUCAGGUUCUGGAGGCUGCCCGCUACCCCAUCGCAAUGAAGUACCUGGCGAUGAAGGCCCUCUACGGCGAAGAUCAAGCCAAGACGCUCUGCGAACCGGAGGACCAGGCCUACUAUGGCAUAGGCGCUCGGUCCGCGCGGUGCUCCUUGCUGCUGUCGAUGGCCCUGACCUUCUGCAGCCUGUCGCCCUUGAUCUGCGCCUUGGGCCUCGCCACCUUCGGCCUCUGCCGGCUCACCUACGGGUAUCUGCUGGUCUACUCCGAGACGACGAAGCCGGACCUUGGGGGCGAAUUCUGGUGCUUGCAGCUGCAGCACCUUCAGAAGGGCUUGUUCCUCUACGUAGCUUUGAUGACCAGCGUGCUGCUCGAGAGGUCGGACUCCUUGGGCCCUCCGGGGAUCGCUGCCGGCGCCGGCGUCUUGCUCCUUCAGCAGUACCUCCAGUUCAAAAGGAAGUAUCAGUGGCGAUGCCUUCCCUUUGAGGACCUCGUCCACGUGGAUGAUGACAGGGCCUCCGUUGCGGUGACCGGCGUGGAGUACCAGCAGCCGGAGUUGCGGGAGACCUAA